AUGUCGAAUAUUGCGAAAAAAGGUUCUAAUUUAUCACAAGUACAAAUACAUAAACUUUCAAAAUCAGCCUAUACUCGACAUGCCUCCUCCACUACUUCAGAAUUGAAUAAAUUUAGUAAAAUUCUCACUCAGCCAAAGUCACAGGGUGGCGCGCAAGCAAUGUUGUAUGGUACCGGGUUAAAACCAGAGGAUAUGAGUAAAGCUCAAGUGGGAAUUGCAAGCGUUUGGUAUGAAGGUAAUCCGUGUAAUAUGCAUCUUCUCGAUUUGGCUGCAAAAGUAAAAGAAGGUGUACAAAAAGCUGGAUUGAUCGGUUUCAGAUUUAACACUGUGGGUGUUAGUGAUGCCAUAAGUAUGGGCACCCGCGCAAUGAGCUACUCGUUACAAAGUCGCGAUCUCAUUGCGGAUUCAAUUGAGACGGUUAUGGGUGGUCAAUGGUAUGAUGCAAAUAUAGCAAUUCCUGGUUGUGACAAAAACAUGCCCGGUUGUUUAAUUGCAAUGGCGCGACACAAUCGUCCUUCCCUUAUGAUUUAUGGUGGAACUAUUCGUCCUGGCCAAUCGCGGUGUGGUCAAGGGACUUUAGAUGUCAUAUCAGCUUUUCAAGCCUAUGGCUCAUUUGUUGCUGGAAAGAUAACUGAAGAACAACGAUACGAUAUAGUGAGUAAUGCUUGUCCCGGAGCUGGAGCUUGUGGGGGAAUGUACACAGCAAACACAAUGUCUUCUGCUAUUGAGGCGAUGGGUAUGUCACUACCCUAUAGCAGUUCUACACCGGCAGAAUAUCCUGAGAAAGUUAAAGAAUGUAUUGAGGCCGGAAAUGCUAUUCUGAACCUUCUAGAAAAAGACAUCAAACCUCGCGACAUUAUGACUCGAAAAUCUUUUGAAAACGCGAUUGUAACAACUAUGAUACUAGGCGGUUCUACCAAUGCCGUAUUGCAUCUGAUUGCAAUUGCCAAAGCUGUAAAUGUUGAAUUAAAUUUGGAUGAUUUUCAGAAAAUUAGUGAUUCUACUCCAUUCUUGGCAAAUCUUAAACCUAGUGGGAAAUAUGUAAUGGAAGAUUUACACAAAAUAGGUGGAAUACCCGCACUUCUCAAAUACUUGUUGCAGAACAAUCUUAUUCACGGUGACAUCCUAACUGUAACUGGCAAGACUCUCGCCGAAAAUCUCGAGAAUGUCGAUGAACUUAAAUUUGACCAAGACAUUAUUCGCCCUCUAUCGGAUCCCAUCAAACCAACCGGCCAUAUUCAAAUCCUCCGUGGCAAUCUAGCACCAGAAGGCGCGGUCGCGAAAAUUACUGGUAAAGAAGGACUCUUCUUUAAAGGCGUAGCCAAAGUAUUUGAUGGAGAAGAGGAGAUGUUAAGGGCAUUCGAAAAAGACGAAAUAAAGAAAGGACAAGUAAUUAUUAUUCGGUAUGAAGGUCCUAAAGUGACACCUACAAGUGCCAUUAUGGGUGCAGGUCUUGGUAAAGAUGUAGCCUUAUUGACUGAUGGUCGUUUCUCUGGAGGAAGCCAUGGAUUUAUUAUUGGACAUAUAACGCCUGAAGCUCAACUUGGGGGACCAAUUGCUCUUGUUCAAGAUGGUGAUGUAAUCACCAUUGAUGCUCAACAAAGAUUCAUACAAGUUGAUAUUUCCGAUGAAGAAUUUGCACGAAGAAAGUCCAAUUGGAAAGCGCCUCCGUUUAAAAUGACACGAGGAACAUUAUAUAAAUAUAUAAAAAAUGUUAAAACGGCGACCGAAGGUUGUGUCACUGAUGAAUAA